ACUACACAGAGAACAAAGGGUGUUUGCAUGGCAUGGGAGUGGCACUCUGAUAAAUACGACACCAGAGCACCUGGACACUACUACAGCUGUAGCUCUUCCAGCAGUCACGAUGAAGGCACUGCUCAGCAUCGUCCUCGGUCUUCUCUUCCAGGAGCUCGCUUGCUCCACUUAUCUGGCCCCUGGCACUUACACUAACAGCUCCCGGGAUGCGGAGGGCCAGUGCGUGUGUAACGUCUAUCUGCCGGACCCCGUCUUCCCGGCCGACAUGGUGGAGCAGCUGCAGCUCAGCACCCAGACGAUUGCCACGGCCGUCACGGUGGAGUCACAGAAGGUGGCAGAGAACCACGCCACGCUGGUGCGCUACACGGCGCUGCUGCGGAACCUGACGGUGCGCGUGGAGCGAAUGGAGCAGGGCCAUGACCGCUACACAGAGCUGGACUUUGAGCUGCUGCGGGUGGAGAUCCGGGAGAUGGAGCAGCUGGUGCAGCAACUGAAGGUGGAGGUCUCCAGCGCCACGCUCGAUCGUCUCCACCUCUCGAUCCAGAACGUCAGCGUGGUGGUGAACACGCUGGAGAGCUACGACAGGAACAACGUGCUGCUCAUCCGACGCCAGGUGGACACUCUGCGCAAGCAGCUGCAGGACUGCCAAGAGGAGGCCUCUAAUGCUGGCCAGCCCCCGGGCAGCAAUCCUGGCCAGCAGCCCCCCAUAGAAAAUCGGAACAAAUGAUUGCGGAUAACCCCC